UUCUGAGCAGGGUGCGGGUGGGAUUCUGCUACUCUGGGCUUCCUCCCCUGUGACUAGUAGGAUUGUUGCUGGGGCUGCAGAUGCUGAGUGGGGGAACUGAUGUUUCAGAUGCCGGUGACCUUCGAGGAGGUGGCUGUGUAUUUCACGGAGGAGCAAGGGGCUCUGCUGGACCCCGGUCAGAGAGCCCUCUACAGGGACGUCAUGCAGGAGAAUUAUGAGACAGUGGCCUCGCUGGGUAAGCGAUACCCGUCCCCUCGAUUAUUAGAAGCUGUGGAUCUGCAUAUCUGACUCUGGUCAGAUUCUUCUCUGGAUUCCCCAUUCCCAAACCGGACCUGAUUGCCCAGCUGGAAAGAGGGGAAGAGCUGUGGGUCCCGGAUCUCCAAGUCACUGAGGAAAGAGAGAGCCCGAGAGGCACCCGCACAGCAGGUGAUAGGACAGUGAGUGAGAACAAGGAGGAGAAUCAGCAGCAGGAAGUUCCUGGGAAAGUGGAACCGCAGGAGAUGUUUUUGAGAAGAGCUGAAUGGAAUUUUCCCCAGCGCUUGGAGCAGGGAAAUGCCUGGGGAGAUCGACACAGAUCAGAGAUGCAGCUGGGAAACUAUCCCGGGAAGAAACUGGACAAAUCAAUUCAACGUGGCAGAGGAUGCAAGGAUCCCAAGGAAACCACAGUCCGGCAGACAAGUCACAGUGAAGAGAAACCCUGCAAAUGCCUUGACUGUGGGAAAAGAUUCUGUUUCAGUGGAAACAUUCUUACACAUCAGAGAACCCACACAGGAGAGAAGCCUUAUAAAUGCUUGGACUCUGGAAAAAUCUUAAUUCAGAAGUCACAACUUAUUGUACACCAGAGAGUGCAAGCAGGAGAGAGACCCUUUAAAUGCUGUGAGUGUGGGAACAGUUUUAGUCAGAGUGCAACGCUUAUUACACAUCAGCGAACCCACACAGGAGAGAGACCUUAUAAAUGCCUUGAGUGUGGGAAAGGUUUUAGUCAGAGUGCAACGCUGAUUGCACAUGAGAGAACCCACACUGGAGAGAGACCCUAUGAAUGCCAUGAGUGUGGGAAAAGUUUUAGUCAGAGCUCAGCACUUUUAACUCAUGAGAGAACCCACACAGGAGAGAGACCCUAUAAAUGCCUUGAGUGUGGGAAAGGUUUUAUCGCAAGUUCAGCCCUUACUAAUCAUAGGAGAAUCCACACAGGAGAAAAACCCUAUAAAUGCCCUGAGUGUGGGACAAGUUUCAAUUUGAAAUCAACCCUCACUACACAUCAGAAAACCCACACAGGAGAGAAACCGCAUGAAUGCUUGGACUGUGGGAAAGCUUUCCGUUUCAAAUCAAACCUUAAAGCCCAUGAGAAAACCCACACAGGAGAGAAACCCCAUAAAUGCUUGGACUGUGGGAAAACUUUCUGUCUGCGCUCAUACCUUAUUAAACAUGGGAGAAUCCACACUGGAGAGAGACCUUAUAAAUGCCUUGAGUGUGGGGAAAGCUUCAGUAGGAGGUCAGCGCUUACCACUCAUCAGAGAAUACACAAGGGUGAGAGACUCCAGAAAUAGCUUGACUACAGGAAAAGGUUCAAUUUUACUUCACACAUCAGUGAUCCACACAACAGAGACACCUUGAAUGUGGGGGAAAGUUCAUUUGGGGUCAGGCAUCCGCAAAUCCGCACAGGGAAGAAACCUCUGAGGUGUUCUCAAUGUGGAAAAUUCCCUAAGUGGAGCUAACACCAUACUGGACAUCAGAGACUCUUCCACACAGCAGGGAAAUUCUCUUAGGGCCCUGACUAGGGCUGGCCAUGGUGACAAACCCAUUUCCUCAUUCCCACACACAUCAGGGGCAUUUGGCUCCCAAGGCCCCAACUGCCCAUCGCUGGGGUGAGGAUCCAACAGCAGCCGAGCAUCAAUUGGUCUGUGACCCUCUGGUUCUGCCUGGUCUAAGCAAACCCCAGGCAGAGGAGGAGAAGCCCCCAUCAGCCCCUCCUCCCUGCUGCAGCCCUGGCUGCUGAGCUGAUGGG